CUAAUGCUCACUGCUCAAGGUCAGAACAGUUACUCUGCUCAGGAAACUGAUGCACAUUUUCCUUAUAUUGAUCCAAACCGACUGCAGUUCUUUGAAUAUGAAUCCUUCUCAGUUAAUUGUGCUGGGUUCCACGACCCAACUGAAUGGAGAGUGAUGAGAAAGGUUUCCUCGAAUGCUUCUCCACAGGAGGUAUCGACAGGAUAUUUGAACAUUAAACCAGCCUUUGUAUCUCACAGUGGAGAAUACUGGUGUGAAAAUAGAGACGGAGAGAGAAGCAACGCUGUCAACAUCAGUGUCACUGCUGGUUCUGUGAUCCUGGACAUUCCUGCUCUCCCCGUGAUGGAACAAGAAACCGUAACUCUGUGCUGUAGAAAAAAGGCAUCGUCCAACCACCCAGCUGAUUUCUAUAAAGAUGGCCGCUUCAAUAGGACUGUAUAUAAAGGCAAACUGACCAUUCACAAUGUUUCCAAGUCUGAUGAAGGACUCUACAAGUGCAAAAUCUCCGGAGCUGGAGAAUCAGCAGAGAGCUGGCUGUCUGUCAGAGCAUAUAUUCCUCCUGCACCUCAAGAUGCUCAAGAGACUCCUCCUGCUCCUCCUCCUCCUCCGAGCCCUGACUCCAUUCAGCUCUCCACCGUGUUAUCGGUUGUCUUCGCCAUUUUGUGUGUGGCUGUGCUGCUGUUGGUCGUGGGACUACGUCAGUAUCGGAAACAAAGAGGAAAUGAACCUGCGAGUGCAGUUAAUCCACACAUGGCUAUAUAUGCUAAUGUCCAAAAGCACACGAAGAAAAGAGUUCCGAAUUUUUCUUCUGAGAUGCAAACAACAGGAACAGACCCAGCCUGUGAACAUGCUCAUGUAGCUGAUCCACACAUGGAAAUAUACGCUAAUGUCAGACAACACAGGAAGAAGAGAGUUCCUGGAGAAGCAAAGGCAGCUGGUAAAAAGCCAAACAGAGCAAGGAGAGAGGUCACUGAGAGCAGGAAUACCUGAGAUGGAUGAGAGACUGAGAGCUUUGUCAAACAGUAUUAAAUAGAUGGUGAAAUGCAACUGUACUUUCUACACAACUUUAAACAACUAUGUAUAUUUUUUCAUAUUGUUCCAUGAUUACUGGCCUCUUGCUAUAGUGUGCUGCAGAUGGCAAACCUUACUCCCUUUCUAAGGGAAGGUGUCUUUCACUGUAGUCAGUGUGUAGUACAUAACGGCAUACUGCUUCACAUAGUAGCAUGAAACUAAAUUGAUUUUUUUUAUCAUCAUGACACUGGUCAAAAUUGUGAUGAGAGAAUAACAGCGGUACAAAAAUGAAAAAUGACAGUUAUAUAUGGGCUUGUCUUUACUCUGCCAUUGUUGCUGGAGUAUAUGACAUGUGAUUAAUAAUCCUCGGCUGAUUGCCUGUUGGAAACAUUUUUGAACUAGAUGUCAUGAUUAUCAUGAACUGACUGACAACAUCAGAUCCUAUUUCUAAAAGGUGGUGGUUUAUUAUAGUGAAACAGUUAAACCACAUUGUUCUGUCUGCUCUGCCGGUUCACACAAUACAGUAACAAUACAGUUAGAGGGUGGAGUUUAUAUGUUACACAUUCUAUAUUCAUAAAAUGGGUAAUCAUGCUUCACACAUCAAAAUGAUCCAUAAUUAGUUGUUUAAUCUAAAUAUUAUUGUUAUUUAUUUUUUACUUUCACAGCUUUGUUUUUGAGCCACAAGAACUCCAAAUGACAAUAUUACCCUGUAACUGCUGGAACUAAGUUUGCUAAUAUCUCCAGAUCACCUUACAGUGUGAUAUGAUCUUGUAUAUAUAUAUAUAG